CACCACCACUUACCCCAGCUCCUUACACAUACUUGAUUCUCUUUUGCCUCUUCUCUGGCAGAUAUUUUGUGAAGUUGGCCUGGGCUUGGACAUUGUGGCUGCUGCUGCCCUUCAUCGCACUCACCACCUACCAGUUCGCCAGGACCAAGUUCCUCUAUGGUCCCACAAGGAGCAUUUUGGUGGUGCUGCGGCGUCUGAGCACACUGCUGGUGGGCACAGCUGUGUGGUUUGUCUGCACUGAGCUCUUCACAUACAUCGAGAACCUGACGGGCGAGUGCUCCAUCUCUGGGAAGGUCGGCGAGCCGCGCCGGCUCUACGCCACCAAACGGGAGUGCCACCGGGACAACGGCGUCUGGCACGGCUUCGACAUCUCAGGGCACUGUUUCCUGCUCUCCUACUGUGCUCUGAUGAUCCUGGAGGAGGUGGCUGUGCUGGAAGCCUUGCCCAUAGACCAGAACUCUAAGCUGCGUGUGGUGAUCAACGUCCUGUUUGUUUCCUUGUGUUUUCUCACCACGAUCUGGGUGUUCAUGUUCCUCUGUACUGCCCUGUACUUCCAUGACUUCAGUCAAAAGCUUCUCGGUGUGCUGAUAGGUCUGUCAUCUUGGUAUGGGACAUACAGAUUUUGGUAUUUGAAACCUUUUUCUCCUGGACUACCUCUUCCAAAUAUACCUUUGAGUUCGAAGAAAUACAGCUAUAGCAGAUAA